AUGAAAUUGUCUACCUUUGCUACCCCCUUUGCUCUUUCGACGGCUUUAGCAGCCGUGCUGGAACCCAGGCAACAGUGCUCCUCGUCGGACGCUUGCUACAGUGCCGUCUUUGGCGGUGGCGACUUCUUACGUGUCGUUCAGGCAGUGGAGGACUGUGAGGACUUCCUUACUACCAGC